GGGGGAAGGAAAAGGAAAUCAAUUCAUCCACCUUUCACAAAGCCCACUUGGCCACUUCUGCUGUUCCAACAUUUUGCACUUCCCUUUCGCCAUCUUGCUGUCUUCGUGGCGUGUUCCUGUACUUAUAAAUAGAGGGUUAUUUCCCUCUUUCAUACACCACCCGUGCAAGUGUUGGGGCAUUUCUCGCUUGCUCAAAAGGAACAUAUUGCAGCAAUGUCUUCUUACGGAUCUGGAAGUCGAGGUUCAGGAGGAAAGUUUAGCGGUGGAAAGUCAUUCGGAGGAGGUGGAAGUGGUGGAAGAUUUGGAGGAGAUAGAGGCGGCGGUCGCUUUGGCGGAAACGGAGGAGGAAGAUUCGGAGGAAAUGGAGGAAACAGCUUCAAGAACAAGCAACCAGGUGGAGGCCUUAAGAAACCAACCUGGGACUUUGAGUCUCUCUCGCCAUUCGCCAAAGAUUUCUACAACCCUCAUCCCAAUGUUGUGGACCGACCAUUCCAUGAAGUUCAGAACUUCUUGGCAAGCAAGGAGAUAACCAUCAAAGGGAGAGCUCCUAAGCCUAUUCAAUUCUUCGAGGAAGCCAAUUUCCCCGAAUACGUCCUUGCUGAAGUCAGGAAACAAGGUUUUGACUUCCCUACUGCCAUCCAAGCACAAGGUUGGCCUAUUGCAAUGAGUGGACUGAACAUGGUUGGAAUCGCCAAGACUGGAUCUGGGAAAACCCUAGCGUACAUGCUGCCGGCAACUGUCCACAUCAACAACCAAGAGCCCAUCAAGCGCGGUGAUGGACCCAUCGCUCUGAUCCUGGCCCCCACCCGAGAGCUGGCACAACAGAUACAACAGGUGGCCAUUGAGUUUGGGUCGUCCACUUGUGUACGAAGUUGCUGCAUCUACGGUGGAGCUCCCAAGGGACCCCAGGCGCGAGACCUUCAGCGCGGCGUGGAGAUUGUCAUUGCAACCCCGGGCAGACUCAUCGACUUCCUGGAGCAAGGCACGACCAACCUGCGACGUUGCACUUACCUGGUGCUUGAUGAGGCUGACAGGAUGUUGGACAUGGGUUUCGAACCCCAGAUCCGCAAGAUCAUCGAGCAGAUUAGGCCUGACAGACAAGUACUUAUGUGGUCGGCAACUUGGCCCAAAGAAGUUAAGAAACUUGCUGAAGAUUUCCUUCAGGACUACGUUCAGAUCAACAUCGGUUCCCUUGAGCUUUCUGCCAACCACAACAUUGUUCAAAUUGUCAACGUCUGCAGAGAUAAUGAGAAGGACCAAAAAUUGAGCACUCUGCUUCAAGAACUGAGUCAGGAGGAAGGAAAAACCAUCAUUUUUGCUGAAACUAAGAAAAAGGUCGACAACAUCACCAGAACUAUCCAGCGCUAUGGAUGGCACGCAAUGGGAAUUCACGGAGAUAAGAACCAAAGUGAGAGAGAUUGGGUGUUAAGAGAGUUCCGUAAAUCGUCAGCAGGAAUUCUGGUGGCAACUGAUGUUGCUGCCCGAGGCCUAGAUGUGGAUGAUGUGAAGUACGUUAUAAACUACGACUACCCCAACUCCUCUGAGGACUACAUCCACAGGAUCGGCCGCACAGGCAGGUCCGACCAGACAGGCACUGCGUACACAUUCUUUACACCCAACAACAGCAAGCAGGCGCGAGACCUCAUCAACGUCCUGACAGAGGCCAACCAAGAGGUGAAUCCCGAACUCAACAAGCUGGCGAUGCGCGGAGGUGGUGGCGGCGGUGGCAACUGGAGGGGAAGGAACCAGUGGGGCUACCAGAGAAACACCGGCACCAGAAGUUUUGGAGGCCGAGAAAAGAGCCAUCAGAAAUUCAAUGACUACUAACUGCUGACAUCCAGUUCAACUGUCGCUGUACAUCUCUUUUAUUGUGAUAACUUAAAAUAAUGUCAUUAAUGUAGCUAGAACCACAGAUUUUUUGUUUCAGUUUUUGAGUUGGCUCGGUCAAGCGGUAAAGCCAAAAAUUAUGACUUAAGUUGUUAGAUCUCUUAAAAUGGUACAAUAUUGUAAUUUGGAUCAACAAUGACUGUUGUGCGAUUAUUUAUGUAGCUAAAAGUGCACUUUCAAAUUGUAAUUUAUCUGAAGGAUAUUUUGUUUUAUUAAAUGUGUGUGUAUACUGUAUACUUACUCUAUCAAUGAUGCAUUGGUAAUCCUCAACUUUUUAUAAUGACUGUAGUAUUACCUAGGAUUAAGUAACCCUUUUGACACCGUUGCACUGUGGUUUUAGCAAAUCUUUUAUUUGUCAUCUUUUGUACUUGCUAUGUUAAGAUAUGUUAAUUUUAGUGCAGAAAAUUCCUUUAUAAUUUCUUUUAUUAAGGUGAGUGGAAAAUACAAAAAAAAUCGCAAAACC